GUUUUGAUCGCCGCCGCCAACAUACACACACACAUACGCACGCACGCAAUCACUCGUACACCGUGAGCGACGGACGUGUCUGUGUGUGUCUGUAUGUGAUUGUGCUCGCCCGUCGACGACGACUCGCGACGCCGACGUACGGAGGACCCGAGACCACACUCGACGACGCCGCCGCCGCACGCACACGACACCCGCCGCCGCCGACAUUGAUUUGAGCAUCGGCCGCGCUCGUAAACCGUAUUAGUUCUCCUCGCUGUCCCGUUGGUGUUCCGGCGUCGUCGUCUCGGCCGCUGCUCUUCGUCUAGACGCCGCGGACCCUCGCCACGGCGGUUAGCUGCCCCACAAGCGACGCCACCGCCGCCGCCGCCGCCGCCUCGUUGUCCGCUCGUCGCACGCCAAACACAAAGAACAUGUCUUGUCAAUUUCAAUGCAUUUAAAUUUUCACUGGACAAUUAAAAUAUUGCUAUAGUAAUACUAAGUCCACACAGUUAUGUUGGAAGCUAGAUUGUUAGCUGCCGAUCGGGAAUCAGCUACUUGGCAAGGCAAGUCAGCAGCAAAUAACAUACGCCCACCGCCACAUACACCACAUCAUCAUCACAUGUCCGCUAUGAGACCAGUAAAUAAAUCCAACCAAGAAGAUAACUGUUAUGUUGUGGCUAAAUACGACUAUGUAGCACAAAGUGCCCAAGAAUUAGAUUUACGAAAAAAUGAUCGCUAUUUAUUAUUGGAUGAUUCAAAACAUUGGUGGAGAGUUCAAAAUGCUCGUGGAUUUUCAGGUUAUGUGCCAAGCAACUAUGUGAAGAAAGAAAAACCUUCUCUCUUUGAUAGCAUAAAGAAAAAAGUGAAAAAAAGUGGGAGUAACUCAAGCACUGGUAGCAAAACAUUACCAUGCAGUAGUCAUGGCAAUGGUCGUACUGUGAGUGAAUCUCCUACAAUGGCCAGACGUUUACCAGCUGAUCCGUCUGAAGCUAUAGGUACUGCUUUAGUGAAGUACAACUACCAAGCUCAACAACCUGACGAAUUAUCUCUAAUCAAAGGAACAAGAAUACUGAUUCUUGAAAAGAGCAAUGAUGGUUGGUGGAGAGGUCAAAGUGGAUGUAUGGCCGGUUGGUUUCCGAGUAAUUAUACCACUCAAGAAGACGACAAUAACGGAGAUGACAUGGGCCUCCACACAUAUGCAAUGGCCGAGAAUGUGUUGGACAUUGUUGUUGCCUUAUAUCCAUUCACAGGUACAUCUGAUCAGGAAUUAAGUUUUGAGAAAGGUGACCGCUUGGAAAUUUUGGAAAGACCUGCUGCUGAUCCAGAAUGGUAUAGAGCUAGGAAUGGUCAAGGCCAAAUUGGCUUAGUUCCGAAGAAUUACUUACAGGAACUCAGUGAAUAUUUAGCUCAACCAUUAAUUCAAGCAGCCAGUAGUGUACAAGUUAUUGAUAAACCACAUUUGGUUGGAAAACCAUGGUAUUAUGGAACAAUAACUCGAGCUCAGUGUGAUACAGUAUUGAACAACAAUGGGCAAGAUGGCGAUUUUUUAGUCAGAGACAGCGAGACUAAUGUAGGAGAUUAUUCAGUGUCUUUAAAAGCACCUGGGCGUAAUAAACAUUUCCGGGUGCAUGUUGAAGGAGCAUUAUAUUGUAUUGGUCAACGCAAGUUUCACACACUUGAUCAACUUGUAGAUCAUUAUCAAAGAGCUCCGAUAUAUACCAAUAAGCAAGGAGAAAAAUUGUUUUUGGUCAGAGCAUUGCCUCGAGCAAAUGCAUAAUGAUUAAAACGUCGGUGAGUGUUGUUGUUAUGAACAAUGAAAACCGUAAAGCAAAUUGGUGUGAAUUUAUUUCAAGAAAAGUUAUGAUUUAAUGGUAUCACAUAGAAGUGAACUCCCCAUAAAAUAAUAAGAAAUAAAAAUAUCCCAAAUGUGUUAAAUAACAAUUAUUAGAAUCAUUCAAUAGACUAGUCAUUUAAGAAGUUCUCCCAAAUUAUUUUAUAAAUUUGUUAUCUUUUUCUUGAACAUUUGUUUCUUUGGAAACAUUUGAACCUUACUUUUUAUACCUUUUUUUUAUGUUAUACUGUAAUUAUUAUUUCUUCAUAGUUGGUUUCAUACUCCAACCAAUAACUUCAGUGCUAAAUAAAUUCUUUAUUUAUAUGAUCUGUUUAGUAAAUAUCAAUUAAAAUUAAUAGUGAUAUGACUUGCUCUUGUUCUAUUCAUAAUCUGCUGUGAAAAUGUGAUAACAAUUUGUAUUGCUAUUUUGUAUUUUGACUUUUAUAAAAUUAUAAUAGUUUUAAUAAUAUUAUUAUACGGAAUAUUGUCAUUAUGUAAAUGUAAAUAGUGUAAUUAAUAAUAAUAUUUAUCAUACAGUAGUUAAAACAUUAAGAACUUUAUCUUCUAAAUGCUGAUGAACAAGUUUUCCAUGAAAGUAAUGAAAAAACUAAACAAUUAAACAAAGAAAUUUAGAUCAUUAUUUUUAUUUGUAUAAUUUUUUUAUUAUUAUUAUCUAAAUAAGUUUAAUAUAAUAACACGCUACUAUUAUCCAAUAUUUCUAAGUACCUUAUAAAAACUAUCACUACUAGUCAUAACCGUGUAUUUUAAAUUAUGUUAUGGUUACAAACAAUUAUUAAUGUUUGAAAAAUGCCUAUUUAAUGUACAUCACUGUCUUAUAUAAUAAUUGUGUAAACAGGAUAGCGCUAUUAUUCAGAUCUCAUAUAUAUUUAUAAAAUAUGUAUAUGAACAUUCAGACUUAAUUGAAUUUGUUCAUUGAUCUACUACACCAAAUAUAAAUAACUAUCAUCUUUAAUAAGUUUAUUAAUAGUAUAUGAAUCUAUAGUUAUGUAAAACGAUGCUCUCUUGAAAGGGUGUUGACAUUUUUGUUUUCUCUUUUUUUUAAGACUCGUAGGCAGCAUAAUUGUGUUUAGUAAAGUUCAUUACACUGUAUAUAAUUUUUCUAUAAUUAUUCUUAAUCAAAUUAACAGUAAACUUGCUAUUUAAUUAUAAUAUAUUUUAUUUAUUUUUUGUUUUUAUUUAUUUUUUUAUUUUAAUCAGAUGUGUCAACUAUUUGGAUCAUUUAUGUUGUGGUCUAGUUAUUCCUAUAAUAUUAUAAUAAUGAUAUGUGUAUUAUGGUUAGGUGUCUCAAUGCAUCGAUACAAAUUUUGUGGUUAUCGAAUAUUUUUUAAAAUGUGUUGUAAAAGGAUAAUCUGAAUUGAUUAGGUUUAGAAUUUUGUAUGUUUUUAUUGAUUUUCAAAAAGAUAUUUUGAUGUGUAUAAUAUAAAGUUUUUUCUCAUUUUA